GUCGAAUUCCGUUCGACGCCGGAUAUAAAACGAAAGCGCACCGUAACCGUUGAUGAACACUUCCGGUCGCUGUCACCUUCUCGUUCCCCAACUUUACUGCUCGACUGUGGAGUUAAAGAAGUCAGAGAAAUGUCUUCAUCACAGACAUUUUCAGGUAAAGACCCAAACCAACACAAGCGUGUAUCCGUUCAGUCCAACCCUGGAUUCCUGGAGCGGUUAGGUGAAACUGCAGGAGGAACUGUUGUUGGCGUCGGACUGUUUUUCCUCUCGAUUUAUGUGCUCUUCACCAAUGAGGGACGGGCUCUGCAAACGGCGUCGUCCCUGGAUGAGGGUCUUUCUCAGGUUGUGUCAUUGGGGCCUUUCUCAAGCUUCGACCUGCAGAACGACAACCGUCUAGUUCAUCUGUCUGCACAGCUGCGCACCUCACAGCCCCUGCAUGACCCCAACUACAGGGUGGUGGUGCAGGCAGUGAAGCUGAAGAGGCAGGUGGAGAUGUAUCAGUGGGUGGAGUACCAUGAGAGCAAGGACUACCAAGAGAACGGGGAGACCAAAACUGAGACGACGUACACCUACAACACCGAGUGGAAAUCAGAGUUGAUCAACAGUCGUAAUUUUGAUAAAGAAAUCGGUCACCAGAACCCAAGCGCCAUGGCGGUGGAGAGUGUCACUGUGGUGGCUCCGGAGGUCAGAGUUGGACCUUUCUUUCUGUCUAAAGGCCUAGUGGAGCAGAUAAAUAACUUCCAGACACUGAGUUUGAGGGAUUUUACUGCCUUUAACUUGGAUCCAUUUCUCAGUAUUGAUGACGAUUAUUUCUAUCACACUCAGUACCCACGCAAGCCGGAGGUCGGAGAUGUGCGUGUGAGAUUCUCCUUCGCUGGACUGAGCGGUGAGACGUCUCACCUCGGCCGGGCUCAGACUGUCAGUAUUGUGGCCAUGCAGAGAGGGGAGCAGCUGAUGCCUUUUAAAACCAAGUCAGGAGACACUCUGGAGCUCCUGUAUCUGGAGGAGCUCUCUGCAGAGGAGGUUUUUGCGAAAGAACACGAGUACAACAAUAUGAAGACAUGGGGCCUCAGGGCUGCAGGCUGGGCCCUCAUGUUCCUUAGUAUUCAGCUGACCAUGCGUAUCAUCUACACAUUGGUGGAUUGGGUUCCUGUUCUGAGGGAACUUGUGUCCGUGGGGCUGAAGAUCUUCGCCUUGUGCGUCUCCUGCUCUCUGUCUCUCCUCACCAUCGGAGUUGGUUGGUUUUUUUACCGACCGUUGGUGGCCGCAGCUCUGGGAGCACUAGCUCUGCUUCCACUGUUUCUCGCCCGCUCAGGACUUGCAGCCAAGAAGAACGAGUGACUAGUGAACUGAUGAUUAUCACAACAAUUUCCUGGCUGUAACCGUCCAUCGGAGGUGUGAGACAGUGUUGUUUGCAGCUGGUUUAUUCACAGCAGGGUUACAGACCGCGGAGGACUCGCUUUCUUGGGCAAAACAGACAUUGUGUGGUCAUACACGUGUUAUAAUUGGUAUAAUAAUAAUAAUAAUAAUAAUAAUAAGUUAAUCCAAAAUAGUCUAAAUGUUUCAGUGGACUUGAACAUAUAUAUUUUUUUAAAAUUAAUAAUUCAUAGUGGGCAUCACUCGAUUACCCUCAAAAUAUAUUUAUGGACAAAAAGAAAUCACCCAUCAACCCCUGCUGGUGUUGUCCUAUCAGACACGUGUGGAAGCUGUUGUUGCCUUUAGACCUCAAAUGUUAUGAGAUGUUCAUCCAACUGUAAAUGUGUUCUCACUUGAUAUUUUGUUGUAUGACGUAUGGAGAACGUCAUUUCCAUCUUUAUUAUUUUGUUGCAACAUGAGAUUGCUAGUUUCAUUUUUACUGUAAAUAUAUCUUGCCAAAGACUUUCUCCCUCCUCAAAGGUUGAACUCUGUUUCCAGUUUAUUAGUCACUCCCAACUGCAGUCUAAUACAAGAGUUCUUUAACAAACCCUCCCUUCAUGAAGGUUGUAAUGUACUGUUUUUAAUGUUUAGAGAGGUGUUGUGUCCACUUUAGGAGGCUGAUUGCUGCUGAAGUGUAUUAAUGUUAUUAAUAUGAACAUUAUAACCUUCAUAAGGGUGAGAUUUAUUGUAAGGCUGUUUAUUAGACUGCAUUAGUUUUAGCUAGGUCUAUGUUCCUAAUGUAAAACAUAAUAUAUAUAUCUUCAUAUAUCAUUUGUUUCCUCCUUAUUGGCAUGUCAUCAGGGAUUUGUUUAUAAGAUAAAAACAUUUUUGUUUUUCUUUCAUUUUAAAAAUGAAAAAUGUCAGUUGCUUUUUCAAAGAACCACGUCUGGGCAGAAAGACCAAUCUUGGUAAAAUACUUAAGAACUGUGGAUCUGCAGUGUUAUUGAACUGUUUGUAUGCAAUGUGUGAUAAAUAAAGCACUUUUUGUUUUUUCAGA